UUUCAAAGGGUCCAGGGAUUUAAGAAGAUGGUUGACAGGUGGCGAAAUUCACAUACUCGCUGUAUGUGGCAGAUGACACUGAGCCAGAGGAGAAACCUGUAUGCUACCCUAAGGAUGCAGGACACCAUGGGACAGGAGUUGGCACUGGCCAACAAGCAGCUACUGAUGGUCCGUCAAGCGGCCCUGCACCAGCUGUUUGCAAAGGAGCAUCGGCAGUACAAGCAGGAGCUAAGUCAGAUGGGCAAAGCAUUUUAUGUGGAGAGACUCUGAUGGCAGCUGAGACAAAGCUGGCUCUCAAAGGCUCGACUGUAGACAUACGCUUGUUCUUCAGCCCUAAAUCUUCCUUGUUUGGACAAUGUUUAUUCAUAGCUGUAACCUUAAAACAACUUCGUGGGUUUUGCUCACUGCUGCUCAGA